GCAACAUAUUUCUUCCGAGAGAUCCGAUAAAGUUGGGACAAUCGUUCCUAUUGUCCAUGGCUCACUCUCAAUCCUACCCCUUGUCCAAAUGCCUGCCUUCCCAAACCGAAGAAGAGAUGGAAAACCAGAAGAGGACCUAUCAAUACUUCAGGCACCUGGUUUCCACCCUUCCGAGAGUUGGAGGCUUUAAGCGCCCCUUCUACUGCUAUAAUGGCUGGUAUGCGAGGCUGCCUUCGUUGGUGUCCGCUAUGGUCGCCCGAGAGCACUUCCAGGCCCAACCUACAGAUGUGCUCCUUGCUACCUGCCCCAAGAGUGGAACCACAUGGCUUAAGGCCCUUCUUUUUGCGACGGUGAAUCGCAGCUCUCACACCAAUUCUCACCCACCCCUCGCCACCCUUAGCCCUCAUCAAUGUGUUCCCUCCCUCGAGUUCUCGGUUUACGUGAAUGAUCGCAUCCCUGACCUGGAUGCGCUCUCCUCACCGAGGCUCUUCGGCACCCAUAUCCCAUUCCAAUCACUACCGGCGUCCGUCAUAGACUCUGGUUGCAGAAUUGUCUAUCUGUAUCGUGAUCCGAAGGAUUGUUUCAUCUCCUUGUGGCACUUCGCCAACAAGUUCAGAGCCAAGGAUAAUAUUGAGCUCUGGACUCUCGAUGAAUUUCUCGAGCACUUCUCCAAUGGGAUCUCCCCCUUCGGGCCUUAUUGGGAUCAUGUGCUGGGAUACUGGAAUGGGCACCUGGAAAGGCCUCAGAAGGUCUUGUUUCUCAAAUAUGAAGAGCUAAUGCAGCACCCUGAGGUUCAUCUGAAAAGGUUGGCGGAGUUCGUUGGGUGUCCUUUCACUGAGGAUGAAGAGAAGGAAGGGGUGGUGGAAGGCAUCAUAAGGCUGUGCUCAUUCGAAAACUUGAGCAAUUUGGAGGUGAAUAAGAUUGGAAGGUCGGAGCUGGCGAUCGGAACAGUUGAGAAUAGCAUAUUUUUCAGGCGCGGUGAGGUUGGAGAUUGGGUGAAUCAUCUUACACCGGAGAUGGCUCGGCGAUUGGAGGAGAUUACGGAGAGCAAGUUUAGAGGUUCCGGUCUGAGCUUUUAGAUUAUCAUGAGAUAUCGUAGAUCGAUGUUGCUUGCUUGCAUGUCAUUUCUGUGUGCGAAAGUAUGUGCAGUUGUGCUUAUGUAUCCAUCAUAUAAGCCUACAAGUCUCUUGCUGAUAGCUCUAUAUCGAGCUGAUCCUAAUUAUUGCAAGGCAACUGGAUGGUGCAUAGCCCUUAACACUGCUAGCCCCCACCUUUCUACCUCCUUUCCAACCUCCAGAUUAAAACCCAUAUUACAUAGCUACAUGCGUUCCUUUUUCUUCUACCCCUUUAGAAAAUGAUUAGAUUUACCUUGUCAACAAACAAAUAUGAUGAGGCUAGGUAGUAUAAACUCCUCUUCAACAUGAAGCAUUCUAAUCAUUCAGCAUCUAUCACUUAAUGCUUCAUAAAUGUGUAUCUCAUAUAUCUGUUUAUAUGUGUCUGGGUUAAUGCUUUGAUGCAAUGGCAAGGGUUGCAAGCA